UUUAAUUUGAAGACACUCCCAGAACUGUUCCCUGAGGCAGAAGUGCGCACUAGCCAGCUGUUCAUCACAGGUCUGAGGCAGCUUCUCAGUGGACCUACCAAGGACAUCCUUUGAAUCGAGCGGUCUGAAUGCAGCUUUUGUUUUAAAUGUAAUGUUUAAGGUGUGUUAUUCCUUCCAUGGAGGAGAAAAAGUUGUCACACGCAGCAGACCCCUUUGCGUAAAGGACCGCGUCUGAAUCAUGUAUUGCGCAGAAUCUCUGCUCACUUAGGAUUAAUUUACAGGACAGAGACGCAUCUAUUCCUCACAGGAUGCGAGUCGCGCGCUGAAUGUUAUUUCAUGGUUCUGAACAGGGGGUUCCAAACUUGCGCAAAAGAGCCUGGUUCUGAACAAGUAGGCUAGUAGUACUUGUCACAAGUAGGUAGGCUUUUUGAUACAAUGUCAGCCUUACGGCGGAAAUUUGGCGAGGACUACCAGGUUGUGAACACCAACCGGGACACGAGUUUUUCCGCACCGGCGAAGAGAAAGAGGCAGCGCUUCGUGGAAAAGAACGGUCGCUGCAAUGUCCAGCACGGUAACCUUGGCGGAGAGACCAGCCGGUACAUCUCCGAUCUGUUCACCACGCUGGUGGAUCUCAAGUGGCGCUGGAACCUUCUCAUCUUCAUCCUCACUUACACAGUGGCAUGGCUGGUCAUGGCUUCAAUGUGGUGGGUGAUCGCCUACAUCCGCGGCGACCUGAGCCACGGCGGCCACGACUCGUCCUACACCCCGUGCGUCGCCAACGUGUACAACUUUCCCUCCGCGUUCCUGUUUUUCAUCGAGACGGAGGCGACCAUCGGCUACGGCUACCGCUACAUCACUGAGAAGUGCCCGGAGGGAAUCAUCCUCUUCCUCUUCCAGUCGCUGAUGGGGUCCAUCGUUGACGCCUUUCUCAUCGGCUGCAUGUUCAUCAAGAUGUCGCAGCCGAAGAAGCGCGCCGAGACGCUGAUGUUCAGCCAGGACGCGGUCAUUUCGCAACGAGACGGGAAGUUGUGUCUCAUGUUCCGAGUGGGGAACCUGCGGAACAGUCAUAUGGUGUCCGCUCAGAUUAGGUGCAAACUCAUUAAGUCUCGGCAGACCCCAGAGGGUGAGUUCCUGCCCCUGGAUCAGUGUGAGCUGGAUGUGGGUUUUGGGACGGGGGCGGACCAGCUCUUCUUGGUGUCGCCUCUAACCAUCUGCCACGAAAUAAACAACAAGAGCCCGUUCUUUGAUCUGUCGCAGCGCUCACUAAUGAACGAGCAGUUUGAGAUUGUCGUCAUCCUAGAAGGCAUCGUGGAAACCACUGGUAUGACAUGCCAGGCGAGGACAUCUUACACCGAAGAUGAAGUCUUGUGGGGCCAUCGUUUCCUCCCCGUCAUGUCACUGGAGGAGGGCUUCUUCAGAGUCGACUACUCCCAGUUCCAUAACACCUUUGAGGUCAAUACGCCUCCAUACAGCGUCAAAGAGCAGGAGGAGAAGUCCCCGUUAAAGUCGCCAAACUCUCUUUCUGUUGCACCCACCCCCUUAUCCCCUCAGCUGGGAUACGAUGGCCGAGGAGGCCGCAGGGAAAGGUUCAUGUCAGCUGACUAUGCAGACCAUACAGAGGACCAAUCCUGCAGGUUGCCCAGCAAACUUCAGCGCAUGAGCUCCACCAAAGAGGAGCACCUUUGGAGGGGACUAAAAACAGGGUCAGCCUUGCCUGGGGGGAAGGCCUCCAGCACAGGAGACCUUCCGCUUAGUAUUCAAAGGCUGAGGUCCAGUUCUAUCCCGGUUGUGAGGCAAGGACAGCUGGAUGAGCAGGUCCAGCUGCUGUCCUUGGAUGGAGAACCUGAGGAAGAUGAGCUGGAGAAACAGAGACUACCAGCAUCCAUAAGCACCAUCACUCCUCCAACACCAACCCCAGUUCAGAUCCCCUUGGUAGGGGGUCGGCCAGAGGACAACCUGCCCGCCAAACUGCGCAAAAUGAAUGCUGACCGCUGACUUCUACAGAUUAUAUCUUUAAGAGUUUUUCAAAUUAAUAUUGAACUUGAUGGGCAUUGCAUUUACAGCAAAAAAAGAUUAUUGUGAUAUAAGUUUAAUUUUUUUCUGCAGUUUUUAGCAAGUAUUUUACAUUAACUGAGGGGCUCUCUACUUAGUUGUCUAUUUCAACAAAUAGAAGGACAACGCCAAUAAGCCAUCCAUCUGCUCGUACUGUGAGUUAUUUGUGAUAGAUCACCAUCUGUGCCCCCCCCCCCCCCGCUUCAAACACUUUUUUUUUUUAAGUUACAAAGUUACAUCAAACACUUAAUUAUCUCCAAAAACUACACUAUCUUUAAAUAAUCAAGCACCAAAAUGUCAUAAAGAAGCCUGACCUGAAUUGAUCAUUUGCUAAACCCCUCCCCCUAACAGCGAUUGUGCAAUCAUAGCUUAGCAACAGUAACUCGGCCAGCAGUUCUGUCAAGCUUGGGAUUUCUCCACAUGCCUCCAACAGUGUACGUUGGGCUUAAGUAAGACUAAAAACUGGCAAACACCCUGCAAUUU